GUCCCUCGAUUGUGACUGAACUGAAAAGCCGCCUAGCCUAGCCGCUAGACGUCAAAUUCGAGACCGUCAAAGAAGAAUAAAUAACUACAUUAUUUUUAUCACAAAGAAACAACGUGGAUGUUUUCCUUCGUCCUUCGUAAUAUUCAGAACUGUGCCUAAUAUUCAGAGUGGAGCAGCAGGCAGCUCCGUCCGACGGAGUGCGUCGUAACCUGUAUAUCGAAUGGAUCGGGAAUUUACCGCCAUGAUCUAACCCGCUGCGAUCGGCGCCGCCGAGACGUCAACAAUAUUCGAGGAUUUCGCGAGAGCUUCGUGUGUGCGCGAUCAUUUACGUGCUUGCGCUCGUUAUGGAAUGGCAUAGUACAUCGUCGUCGUCCGAGGAAUACGGCCGUCGCCGUGCACGAGAGCCCCGUCGGCCGGUCCAAAGGAUGACCCGAUGUUAACCGUCAAAGCAAACCUGCGAGGGAAGCCCUGUCAACGCCGUUUCCUUAUCAAACAUGUGAGCUUUCCUCUGGACUCGCAUUGCGACGUCACGCGUUGAAACACGAAGAAAAAGAGAGAAAGCGAAAUCUGCAUAUACAUAUAUAUAUAAAUAAAUAGAUGUGUAUAUAUAUGUAUGUAUAUAUAGAUGAAUGUAAUACUGUAAAUAAUGGUGUUUUGGACCGUUGUUUAUUCGCUGGUGAUAAUCCUGCGCUUCAGUUUCCUACAAGCAAAGCCAGAGUCGCAAGGUUACUGCGCUCCGUACAGUGGCAAGAUAUGCAAGAAGUACCUCAGCGGCAUCGGGAAGGUCUGGUUUAACGACUCCAACGACAAUCCUGGAGGAUGGUUGAACGAGAAGAUUACGACGAAUCUCUGGGAGGAGCUGAUAGGGACCCUCUCAGAACCAUGCCGCUCAGCUGCAGAGAAAAUGCUCUGCGUGUAUGCAUUUCCACUGUGUCACGAAUCAAUGGGCCUACCACUCUGCUACGAGGACUGCAUGGCGGUACGUCAGCAAUUCUGCUUCAACGAUUGGGCAAUAAUCGAGGACAACAAGCAGAGGGACAUUUACAUUCGCUCACGUGGACAUUUUGUACUACCGGAAUGCGAAAGUUUGCCCAAAGUGAACAAGGAGACGCCCACGUGUUCUCACGUACACUUGACCGAUAUGGACGAGGAAGUCGUUACUUACGAUUGCAUCAGAGGCAAUGGUAGAUUCUACAUGGGGAAAGUUAACAAGAGCAAAUAUGGCCUAGACUGUCAAUCGUGGAGCGCGCAGAUGCCGCACAGUCACGAUAAACCGCCCGAUGUCUUCCCACAGAUUCGUCAUGGUGAAAAUUACUGUAGAAACGCGGGUGGCGACGAACCGUUUCCGUGGUGCUUUACGACUGAUACCUCAAUACGCUGGCAACAUUGCGAUAUUCCUGUAUGUGAUAAUGUUACAACUAAAGUGGAAAUUGAACCAAAAGACAUAAUGAUGGACACGUUGUUUAAUAACACACUAGUACUCAUACUGGCAGCAUUGGGUUUUGUAAUUGUGGCUGGUGCACUAUUGUCUAUUCUGCUGAGUCAAAGACUGCACAAGCGCCACCGAGGCUACAAUCCAACUGAUAAUCCGGAUGUAAACAUUGAUCUGGACAAGUUACCAAACAACGAGGCGUAUCACAAGACGAGUGCGCAGCUGAAUCCCAAAUUGGAGAAGCUGGAGUUCCCACGGAACAAUAUCAUCUACGUGCGGGAUCUGGGUCAGGGCGCGUUUGGCCGCGUGUUCCAGGCGAAGGCGCCAGGACUAGUCACGAACGAGGAAUUUACGAACGUUGCUGUGAAGAUGCUGAAGGAGGAGGCGUCAGACGACCUGCUGCGAGACUUCGAGCGGGAAGCGUGCCUGCUCGCCGAGUUUGAUCAUCCGAACAUCGUGAAGUUGCUGGGCGUGUGCGCGCUCGGACGGCCGAUGUGCCUACUGUUCGAGUACAUGGGCCGCGGCGAUCUCAACGAGUUUCUGCGCUCUUGCUCGCCCAGCAACUACAUUAUUCGCGUGCCCAGUACGGAUGAAGGCGGCCCGAUGGCGGGCGAGCCUUCACGGCUCUCGCACAUGGAUCUGAUCAACAUCGCGCUGCAGGUGGCUUCUGGUAUGGUGUACUUAUCCGACCGGAAGUUCGUUCACCGCGAUCUGGCGACGCGCAACUGCCUAAUAAACGACCAGAUGAUCGUCAAGAUCGCUGACUUUGGUCUGUCGCAGAAAAUAUAUCUGCAGGAUUAUUACAAAGGAGACGAACAGGACGCCAUCCCCGUCAGAUGGAUGCCGCUGGAGAGCAUACUCUACAACAAGUACACCGUCGAGUCGGACGUGUGGGCGUUCGCGGUGUGUCUCUGGGAGAUCUUCAGCUUCGCGCUGCAGCCCUACUACGGGAUGACGCACGAGGAGGUGGUCAAAUACAUCAAGGAGGGCGACGUGCUGCGCUGCCCGGACAACACGCCUCAGUCGAUCUACGACCUGAUGAAGCUUUGCUGGAACAGGCGGCCGUCCGAUCGGCCGACUUUCCGCACGAUUUAUCAGACCCUCGACGGUAUCAAACAAGACCUGGAGGCGGAGUGCAAGUCGGACAGCGUCCCACUACGCAUUCGCGUGUAAACGUAACAAUAACGGUAAGAAUCGAUAUCUCUCUCUUUCAUACAGAGACGCACAGCGUGAAAUUUGUGCCGUUUGAGAGGAGAAAGAAGACAUAUGUUUGUUUUAUUAUUUUUCUCGAAAACGUUUAUAAAAAUUAAAUUAUUUUGUAUUCUUUAAUUUGUUCCCGCACAAGGAAUUACUCUGUUUUUCAUUGUAUGCGGACGCUUUACAUGAAUAAUUAUGCAAUUGAUACGCGAAAUUUAACGUUAUAUUUAUAUCUAUUUGCAAUUAGACAAAAUGUCUUCACUCUCUUGGAUCGGACAAAUUUCAUUCUGUGCGACGAUUAAUUAAGAGUAAGGCACGCCACUUGGUGUGCACCUACUACUUACUCUUUGAUUACAUUUCCAGCUAAGUAACUUUGUAUUGUGUAUCAUGAGUGUGAUGUGGAAUGCCUGCCUUAGUUGAAUCCGCCUCGAUACUAAAUCUGUUAUCACAAUCGCGAGAAGUGAGAAAAGGACCAAUGUAUAAAACAGAGGCGCGAUAUAUUUCUUCUAUUUCUUCUGCUGCUGAAAUCGAUGUCCUCAUCGGGAUACAAUACUGCUUACCUUUCUGGAUCUCUUUUUCCAGAUUUAGUUUGAGAAGAUUUUCACGCUUGUUUCUACAUACUAUUCAAUAAGCUUCCUAAUUAGGGCUGCCACUUUUUGCUAUGGUUUCCAGAAACUCGUUUUUUUGCUUCCAAAUUUCCAAAGAUAUAGGUAUGUAACAUUUUUAAAAGCGUUUACGAAUCAUCAUUUUAUUAUUAGAUAUUUUUCUCCUUCUAGCCUCUUGUCAGAGUAGCGUAAUAACUUUUCAUAUCACAAUGCAAAAUUCAAACCUCGGAAUUUUAAUGUAAAAUACAGUAAUAAAAAAUAAUUUUGUUCAAGCAUAUUAUUUUAAAGCACGCGGUUUUUUAUAUUUUAUUACAAUAUUUGUCUAUUUUUUUUUUUCUUAAAAGAAAGGAUAUGAAGAAUGGUUUGUCAGAAGAAGGAGAAGCUAUCUUGCGCAUGAAAGUGACUUUGGAGAAAGAGAAGCAAGACCCUGUCGCAAACAGGAUAAGAUAUUCGCUGCACCAUCGAACUGGUGACAAAUGGUGCAUUUAUCUUACUUAAAAUUACACCCAUUGCUUGUGCGACAACAUUGAAAAUAUUACUCGCUCCCCAUGCACAGAGGGAUUGCAAUCACGAAGAUUGUUUUAUUAUUGGCUUUGCAAUGCUUUUGAUAUUUAUUGUCCCGUACAGAGAGAAUAUGGCUGAUUGAACGUCAAUUAUACCGUAGUUUCCAGAAGAAAAAUUUCUAAAUUAAUACAAGAAGGAAUAGUGUCCGACUGGGGAUAAGCCAGUUUUGAACAGCCUAUUUAAAUGGACUCUCAAGAGAAAGAUACUCUUAAUUACCUUCUCAAAAGUAGCAGUCGAAUAAAAUCCGAUGUUUAGGAUGGAAUUUGAACUCGGAUCUUCAGCAUGGAGAAUAGAUGCACAACUCUCUGCACUACGAUCGCGCAUUAGAUAAAUACAUAAAAAUAAUUAUAUUUAUCUAAUGAUAAAAUGAUUUGCUUACGCUUUUAAAGUGUUUGCUUUAUGAAUUAUUUGCUUUCAUUAUUUUCUAUUAUCGUCCCAUAAUUUUCAGACGAAAUGUAGAAACGUGGCGGUCCUAAUUCACCGCGUCCGAAUUCGCUUUUCCUUUGCGGGUGAAACACUAUCGAGUUUGUACAAAUACUAUAAAAGCGGUGUGGCUAUAAAAGCGCAUUUAACGACGUUAUAUUUAGAGGCUCCUUGAUUGUUAGACGUGUGUUAGGUUGUUAGAUCGUUUGCUGUACCAAAAAAAAAUAACAGAAAAAAGACCUAAAUAAUAGCUAUAUUUAAUGUGCUGAGAUAUUAACGAGAAAUGAACUAUGAGGAAUGUUAAGCGAAUCGUCGAAUGAAUGUACACUACGAAGUUGUUGUAAAUUAAGGAAGAACAAAGGCGCGCGCGUCGCGAUAUUCUACCGACACGAGAGCCGGACUUACCGCGGAUUUGCAUGACUUUAAAUUAUACAUCCAGUGUUUGCGUCGCGCGUGAUCUUGUUUUGAAUACGCUAUUAUUGUUUAACGCCUAAACGUACUUUGCGAAGAUUCAAAGAAUAGUGGAAUAUCUUGCGCCAACGCGUCGUGCAUACGCGGGAGAAUGUCCCGCAGAAAGAGUUAAUCGCGUUAAUCCAUUUAGUUGUUUCUUAUUUAGUAACUCGCUAACUGCCUUGUUAGGAAGAUAAUUCGCCGUUUCGUUUGACCUGCCUGUGAUUUUUAGCGAAGCGCACCGACUGAAUAACCCACCUCACCACUGCCGAUAUUGCAUUCCAAGAAACGCGUUUAUUGUUAAGUGCAGCGAGGAAUUGUUUGUACCACACGCUGUAAGUGUCGUAUGCAACGAACGUUCCUUUUUUUUUUUUAAGUGUUUUUUAUUCAGCGUGUAAUUUAAGAAUAUGCAUAGACUGUAACAGAGUAGUUCUUCGUUCUUAUCGCUUUUAUUUUAACGAGUAUAAUAUUAACGCCGUUUCGCGCGUGUCCGACUGACCGUCGAAAGCGAGAGAAAAUACGGUACUCUUCUCUCAAUUUGGAAGUAAAAUAUUCUCACCCCAACACCCGGGGGUGAAGCUAGACUGCCAUCGCGACUCCUCACAAUGCCACGUGUGUUGUCGCGCCGAGAACAAAAUCGAAAAAUUUGUUUCCAGAACGUCUCAAAGCCGUAUCCUCGAAGAGGACCACGCAUCACAAAACUCGCCCUGGUUUUUUUUUGCUUUCUUCUUUUUCCUCUUGUGCUCCAAUCUUGGAUUUUUUUGGAUAUAAUUAAGAAUCAGUAUAUUCAUAAUUCGUUCUUAAGACUAGUUAUUUGCAAGACCAUAGAUAAAGAUAUGUGCAAGGGCCAUACAGCAAAAGUGUUGCUAUCUUUACAUGUCAUAAAUGCAUAGACUGAAAAACUGUACAAAAAUUUAAGUAUUACCUACUGACCUAAUUACAAUUGACAAUUGUAGUAUUUAGCAUUAAGUUUUUAUCAAUAAGUGUCUUUUUAUCAAAUGUUAAGGACUAAGAUGAUAAGAACACCACAUGCGUUAUGACAAAAAUAUAAAAUAUUUGUUAUGGUGCGCAUAUUUUCAAACGUAUAAAAAAUAUCUUAAGUAACGUCUUAAAAUGCUAAUACGAUUCUGUAAUUGGUUUAACACAUCUUAAGACAUUACUUAAGUAUAAGAACCGAUUAUAAAUACCGACCUUCGGCCUAAUUUAUUAUUGUACUGAUCUUAAGAUUCUACUUAAGAUGAUCUUAAGUAUAAGAAGGGCUAAGGGUCCUUCACAGUCCUCAAGAUUAAAUAAGCACCCUUUUUCUGCCUUCAAAAGCGGCUCAAAGUCGUUCUGAUGACAAGUCUCUCGAUCGACGAUAUCUUCCCCAUACACACACACAAACAUAUAUAUACACACAAACGUAACACAAGCCUUUUUAUAUUGUAUAUUUGUAUUCUGUGUAAGUAGUGCCGUAUGCGAAGGUGCAGAAUUUUCACAAAAAAAGGGGAAAAAAGAUUUCAAUAAGGAAAUAAUGGUCGAUAACACAAGAUAAAUAUAUAUUGACAUUUUCGAUUAUCGAGUACAAUCUUAAACAAGACAAUAAUUUUUGUACAUUUUUAUACAUUUUACUUUUACACCGAUUACUAUUUGCGCAGAAGAGAACAUUCUUGUUUUAAGAAUGUCUUCAUUUUUGAAAUAUAUAUAAAUGUUGAAAUAAUUAUGUAACGUUAAACAAUUUGUUUACAGAAGAAAUUUUAUAUAGCUUUAUCGAGAAAAAUAUAUUCUUAUUAUUCAACGUUUUCACGAGUUGAGCAAAAAUCAGAUGGGAAAUAACAAUAUCUUUAAACGAGGAAUUAAAAUUUUUUUAUUACUAUCAUUAUCAAAUAGUCAUGUUGUCUAUUCUUUGGAUGACUAUUAUUAAAGUAUUGAAAUAAAAUAUAUUACUGAAAUUUAUAUAAGAUUAUUGAAUUUUUUAAAGAUUUUAUAUUGUUACUUACAUGUUUUUUUUUAAGUACAAUGUAUUGAUUUUAAUUUGAUACUAAUUUUUUUGUACAGUUUUGUAUCAAAACUGAAAAUGUAUCACAUUAUAUUAAAUUGAUAAUCAAUGUUGAUCGAAAAUGUCGAGAAAAAGAACGUUUUGCGUAUACAACAUAAUCAUCUAGAAAACACAGGAAGGAAUCAAGUUCAACCCCUGGAUGCUAUUUAUUACAAUAUCAAUUUCUUAUAAAUAGAAUUAUUCCAGCCGCACUAGUCUCGGACUUUAUUCUCUUUCUUCUUCUUCUCCUUGUACUAUUCAAUUCUUUUUAUUAUAGUCUUUCUUUAAACUUCUUUUUCUUCAAGCUUUAAUCUAAAAAUUAAAUUAAUUAAAAUCAAUAAGUUAUAAUUUAUUUAUUUAACGAAUGACUUUUCAGGAAUCGACAUCAUCUUGAUCAACGAAUUUGUUUUUAUCCUUUUUUUCUAAUAUAACAAUAAAAGACCGAACAAAUACUUUUUUAAAUAAACUUUUUUGUGAAAAUUCUGAAUCAACUUAUCGGUGUAAUAGGCGCGUGUGCGUCCGCGACCAAGAAGAAAAUUUAACUGCCAUUACAUGUAAACCCGUUGAUUAAGUUCGUACAUUAGCGUUGCCGAUGUAUCGACGUGAGCCCCCGUUAUUCGGUGAUCUCACGUGUGAAUGUAUGGCAACCCGACGACGUAACGUAACUCGUACGAAUACUUCCAGCAGAUAAUCGAUGUGUAAUUGAUUUUUGUAAAUAAUUGAUAACGUGUCUCUAUCACGUGUCUCUGUACCGCCUCUGACAAUACCGUUUGUAUACCUACAUUUCUACUAUAUUUACAUAGUACCAGCUGUACCGUUCGGAUCGCUCUUUCCGUUGUAGACUCUAAUUGUGUCCACGCUGAAUCCAAUAAUCGGUCUAACUGUACCAUGAACGCCUCGAGGGGAGAGAGUUGAAAUCUCUACCCCGACGCGUGCAACCUUGGCAAGAAAUAAACAACCAAUUUCGUAUUA